UGAAUCGCGGGACCUUACGCUUUGCUUUCACCAGUUCUGUUUUCACACACGUGUUAAUGUAAUGUCAGUGUUCAGUCUUGGGAUAUACUAUUAUACAAGGCGUUAUAGCCUAUUGCAACCGAUCUUAAAGUGCGGUGUAACAAGAGAUACAUACGUAGACUGAACUGUAGUGUCACUACAACGAUAGCUACUGUACAUCUUUAAACUGGUAGCUUUAGCAUUCACACUUUUAGCACCAACAACUUUUCAUUUCCUAGUAUUGCUUACUAACGCCGACGCUCACAGAGUAUGACACUAAAAUAGUGUACUAUAUUCUAUAAUAUAAUCUGAAUGCAUAGUUAUUUGUUGUUGACUUUGUGCAUAGUAGCUCUCAUCGGUAGGAUAGGAUGGAACACCUCCCCGAUGACAAUUCCAGAUACAAAGAUGUUGACUACUGGGACGAGCGAUACUUGACGGAGAAGUCGUUUGAAUGGUUCGGGGACUUUUCUAAAUUCCAGCGUAUUUUUGAAAACCUCGUAAAGAAGAAAGAUGCCAUCCUGGUGCUUGGUCAGUCGGGUGCUGAAGCCAGGAGGACGUUUCCUCUCCAUCACCUUCGCUCAGCCCCACUUCAGGAAGCGCCUGUAUGCCCGCCGUUGCUUCGGCUGGUCUGUGCAUCACCACACUUACGGAGAAGGCUUCCACUACUUCCUGUACGUGCUGACCAAAGGGGAGGAGCUUAGCCCUGAGGACGCAGGUCUGGAGACGAGGUUAUUGGAGGAAGCCGAAGCCACGCCCACUCAGGUCACGACCCAGGAAGAAGAUACAGAGAACUUCCUGGAAAAUAUCAUCCUUUAGGAGGACUGGACUGAGGAGAUGCCUUUUACAAUACCAAACUGAACUCUGAGAUGCAUAACCAUGUCUUAUCCACACCUACAAGAGCUUGUGCCAAUACUUUUUAACUUGAUAUUUUAUUUUAAAGCCAGGUUUAGGAUUUUUUUUAUUCUAUGAUGCUGUGAUUUCAUGAUUUAUAAUAUUAUCAUUGGGGAUGGUCAAUGAAAAGGCCUUUAAUUAUCCUUAAAUAUUGUAUUUUACAUGUACGUCACCAGUUUGUUUUUAUUCCCUGCGAAUACAAAUGUACUGACUGCUAAGGUGCAUUAAAUGUGAUGGA